AUGAUCAUUGGUAGUGAAGUAGAAGGGGACAGUCAUCUCAUUGUGUUUGAGUUGAAGCGGGCCAGUUGGGAUGGUUGUAGUUGUUUUGAUUGGACUUUCUCUGCAAUGAUCAUCGAGCUGUGCGUGGGCCUCAUCAUAGGCAUCGCUGUUGGCACUUACCAAGGCGAACAAUUCAAGCCCUGCUUCGACCCCUGUAUCGAGCAGUCUAAAGUCGUCAAGGACAAGGUCGUAGGGAAAUAUCAACAGUAG